AGACCAGAUCUUUCGAUAUGGUCUUAUCGUCAUUGCUUCUGCCUGAUUAUAAUUUCGCAAUAUGGAUCCGUUUAUUUGAGAAAAUAUCAACAUACGCGUAAAUCAGGUGAUUUUUUUCUUUUGACAAGACAUGUGUUUCAUGAUUUGAGAGAAAAAAAGGAUUUUAUAUCAAAUUUUAUAUAACCUGACCUUGAAAUCAAAUAUGUUGAAAUUCUCAAGAGUCAAUUUUCAUGUUUUUGCUGAAAAAAAUAUAAAAAAUGAAAAAUGCGAAUCAAGCAAAUAGAUAAGAAUCUACUUCGAUGCAUCCUUUUCAAAAUGAGAAAUGAUCAGUGAAAAUCAUCGGUUCCACUCAGAUCCUCUCAGCUCGAAUGCUUUCGCAAUCUAGGCAAUUUUUACAGCACCAAGAUCAAAUAGACCAAACCUCCAAAUUAAAGUUCACUUUCAAGUAGAAACUAACCUAUCAGGCUAUCAUGAAUCGGUUACUCUUCCUACUGGUGUUAAAUUUUAUCAAAUCGAUUCAUUCGUAUCGUUACAGUACAAAUCUAGUGAUAAAAAAUCGUUUCUCCGGAGCUACUCCAAUCGCCUUAGGAACCGAGAGUUUUUUGGAACUGUUACAAAAAAGUGAUAUAUUUUUCGAUAAGACUCCCAUAAUGCAUUAUUUGCUCUUCAUAGAUUUCAACGUUAAAGUGAUUUAUUUACCAGCAAAAUGGGGGAAAAGCACCAAUCUGCAUAUGAUGAAGAUGUUUUUCGAGGAACCAGUUGACAAAAUGGGUACACCACUUAAACGAAACGCAAGUAUAAAUCAUCGAUUAUUUAAAUACGGUGAAAUACCUGAGCUAGACGGUUCGAUCAAAAAAUUGCGAAAACGAUUCAGAAUAUCCGGUUGGGAUAUGGUCAAAGAGUUGCAAGGUCAAUUUCCUGUAAUUUACUUAAGACUGGGUAAUCUCAGUGCAACUACUUUGGAUGAAUUUGUCAACCGUCUAGGUGAUAGGAUAAGAACAAGUUUCUUAGAACAUUCGUAUUUCAAGAAUUUACUAGAGAGGAAGAACGCAAAUCAACGGUUUCAUUACCUAGGACACUACUCGAACUUUACUAAAAUACUUGAUAGAAAGUAUGAUCAAGAAACACUAAGAAACAGCCUGAGGCUUUUGUCGGAAUUACAGUACGAUCACUUCAAAAAGAAAGUAUUCGCUUUGAUUGACGAUUUUGAGAACAUACUGUUCAAUAUGCUCGUCGACAAUACGAUUCCUGAUACCGAAAUAUCUUCUAUAAUAUCAUUUUAUUCUUCAUUUCUUCUAACCUCGUUCAAAGAUAAUGAAUGUUUAAGGUACACGGUAGUAAUGGGCACAUUCAGGUUGAUGAAAUUGAUCUCAGCUGACGAAGAAAAUAAAGACCUGAAAGAACUCAAAGCAACCAACACACCCACCAGGAGGAUCUAUGCUGUAAGCAAAGACGAACGAGAAGAACUCUUCGAAUACCUCAAACUACCUCCCGAGUUCAUAUCCAGAAUAUUAUCCUGGUACGAAGGAUACCUAUCGGAUGAUUUACUCAGCGGAACUUACCUUAUACAGGAUUCGUUGGCUAAAUUCUUAGUCACCGAGCAUCUGCAAUUCGAUCAAAGUGGCUCGUACGGAGAUCGUAUACUUUCUGUUAUUCUGAAACAUAAAACAUUUCGUAAUAGCCUUCGUUGCUUAAUCGAUGGUAAAAUGUUUCUAAGUCCCUAUCGACGCAUAAAACGAGAGAAUUAUUUGGAGGAUUAUUUGUAUUUCAGAAAACGUAUACAUCAAGGCGAAGAUAUCGAAAUACGCGACCUCAAUAUAUGGAAUUUAUUGAACUCCUGCGGAUAUCUAACUAUAGUACAGCAUGUCGGUUGCAAAGGAUCCCAAUUCCGGAUACCAAAUAACGAAAUACGAAUGGAAAUAUCGCAAAAGCUGAUGAACUAUUAUAUCGAUCAUUUCAACGUACCAUCGUCAGCUCUUGAAAACGCGGUCAAUCAAAUGGCACAACUUGUCACCAAUGAUCAAACAAAGCCUACUGAAUUAAUACAAUUUUUACAGAAUAUGCUCGAUAACGAUGCACUUUUUGGAGAUUUUGCCAGAGCGACACAAGAACACAUUGAUUAUCCUCCCACGUUGAAAAUUAUUCGUUUUUUUAUCACAUAUCUGACUUUACGAGUAGUUCUUAUGCUCGAAGAUUACCAAACUGAGCCGAUGUCACAGUUGCAGUAUCGUGAAGAGGAUAUGCGAAGUGUUCGAGCAGAUUCUAUUUUGAAUAAUACAGAUCGAGCUGUGUUUAUAUUGAUCAAUGACAAGGCUCCUUCAGCCAGCCAUGUCAUCGAGGAGGUUAAAACUCAUCAGGAAGUAAAACGUUUCAAAGAAAUGGAUUAUAUUAAACUUGUAGGAAUUAAUGUCGUGGCCAAUCGAAUCAUUGAUAUCGAAGCGCAACUGAUGAAAAAUCCUUUUAAAAAUUCAGAUGAUGCAGUAUCAUAGCAUAGGUAUGAAGCUGGAAAGUCAGUCAUCCAUGAUCCAAGUAAUCAGCUGUUCAAGUUUCUCGCCUCGAUAUAGUGAGAAUUAGAACGAAUUUUAGGUUUGUCGAAAAAGGUCAGUUUUUGGAGUGAAGUUUACCUUGCCUUGCAGAAUUGAAGUAUGUAGGUAGUUGGAAUUGUAUUGAAAUGAAAAGAACUCAGAAAAACACAUAAGUACAUAUAUAGGUACAUAACAAGGAUGUCGUCGUCCAGUGAAAAACUAUGAGAGUACAUAGAUUAAUUUUAAAAUACACUUUUUAAAUUUU